AUGGCUGAUGACACACAUGCCAGAAUUGUUAAUGUAGGAGGCAACUGCGAUUUUUAUAAAGGGAGUUGGGUUUACGAUGAAUCGUAUCCUCUUUAUGAUUCACUUCAAUGCCCAUUCAUCCCUGGAGAUUUCCAUUGUCUUAGUAAUGGUCGACCUGACAAACAAUAUCUCAAAUACAGAUGGAGCCCAACUGGAGGAUGUGAUCCACCUAGGUUUGAUGGCCUGGAUUUGGUCAACAGAUUUAAGGGUAAAAAAAUCAUGUUUGUCGGUGACUCAAUCAGUAAUAACCAGUGGGUGUCUUUUGCUUGCAUGAUUCAUGCAGCUAUUCCUAAUGCAAAUUUUACUACUUACCAUGGCGUCCCCAUGGCAUCCAUUAAUUUUACGGUUAGUAAAACCUCUUUUAUAAACACCCUUUUAGCUACAUUUUAUUAA